AGUCGCCAGUUGGCGCCGGCCUUAAAAAGUUAAUUUCGGACCCUGUCAGUCAGCAAGUAAAGGACGGAAUCGACUAAAUUACACUGCAAAAUCCACUAGCCCCGCGCCAUCCGGCCUGCGUAGUUGGCUAGAUUUAGCGCGCGAGUGCUUAAUUGUUUUGGCGGCGAGUGCGAGUGGCGAAGUCGCGAGGAAUUGGUGAGGAGUUGGGUUAACUCGCAGCUCGCCAAUUUCCUCGCAAGCAUUUCAGAGAAUUGUAUAUCUCUACUUCGACCUACUCCUGCCUGGAUAAACAGAAUCGAGGCAGAAGGAGAGAGAACCACUCGAUCCAGAGUCCAUCCCACUAACCACUAGACCACCGUGCCUCAAACAGUAGCUAACAGUAGUAAGUAAGAAUGCACAUUUUUUUUUUAAAUUAACAAAUUGACGUCAGUUUUUCAUGCGUCUGUCCUGUUAUUGAUCAUCAAUUUCGUCAUAACAUUGUCAAAGUAGCUGUGAUCCACGAGGCGAUGGCCCCUUUUCGUUUGUAAACAACUUGCCAGCCUUAACUUACUCCUAAAUCAUGUUGAAUUUUCCGGUCAUUUCUCACGCUUUUCUUCAAUUCUAGAUCUUUCUUCCUGUAAUCCUCACUUUGUCUUUCCGACCUUUUACCUAAUGACUUUUGUUUUAACUGUUUCCUUUCUUCACUAAACACUUCUCCAGUUGUCUGGGCUGAUCCAGCUCUUGCUCUUCCUUGUUCUGUAACCUAGCACAUCUCUAGCUGUUUCACAAUAAGUUUCUAUGAUCUUUUUCCACUUUUUCUCUUCUUCCCUUUUCGUUUGCUACUACGACCUCAUUCCGUGUAUGUUUUCACCAUCUUCCUCCUGUGAUACGCAGCUAAACCGGUUCUUUAAUUCUAAGUGGAAUUGUUUCCUAAUUUCAGGCAUGAAGACCCCCAAGUUUUUUGGGUUUUUUUUUGCGUGUUUAUGGAUCUCGACUCCGUCUCGGUCCAUAAACCGAACAAGCUUGGUCAAUAAAGGAUUUGUUGGGAUAAGGAACAAAUUUUUCUUGAGGGACACAGCGGGUAAUCCCGAGCGGGCAAGAUAGCGCCAUUUUGCCCGCUCAGUUUGCCAAUCACAACACAGGUUCAUCUUGGCCGCCCAUGCAGUCAGCCAUAUACUAAUUGUUUUUAUCAAAUCACUGAAAUUUCCACUUGGUUUUUCAGAUUUACUAACACCUCUCUCACGGGGAUUGAGAAGGACACUUUCUCAUUUUCACCCAAUCAAUAUUUGAAUGGGUUCUUAAAAUGAUUGUUCACAGCACGCUUGCACGACAUCAUCAUCUGACAACAUUUAUUAGAAUUCACUUCGUUUUUCCUUUGUUAUUUAAAUUUUUAAACAACAGUAGGGUUUAGAUAGCAACUGUUCUAGAAGCACGAGGAAAACAAAAAGCGAGGGAUUCUAUUAAAUUUUGCCAAUCAUGCAAAUCACCGGCCUAUUCAAUAAGGUUCGAACCUUUGAUUCCAUAGAUUUUUUGACAGCACAAACAAUAUCAAGGCGACAUGCUUCACUGUCAAGUAACACUGAUAAUUGCCGCGCAUCUGAUAAUGACUGUGCUUUUUUCUCUGAUAUUAACAUAUGAUAUGUAGUCAGUUAACAAACAACUUGUUUAGCUACUGUAUGAAGAAUACAAUAGCUAAGUCUUGUACUUUAAGACCAAGUGUUGGCACAGUCACGGUCUUUCGUGAGUCAAAUUCCUUUCACUAGUUCUAUUCCUAGUUGACGUCAAAAGUGAAUAUUCUGAUCAGGCCUUAUUGGAAACAAUACCUUAUUGCAUGUGUCAUCAGAGAGACCCAAGAGAAAAUCAGGUUUUUUGACAGACCAAGAUGCGAAGCAGUAUUUUAAAGCCGAUUCACAAGAUAAAUGGCGUGACUGUCGAAUAUCCUCAAAGAAAUAUAACAUAAGUUUCUUUGACAGUCACGGUCACCUUUGGAGGAUUAAUGCAGCGGUGGAAGAUAUGUAAGUACAAGAUCAACAAGAACUAAAAAACCAAACGGACUCAGGUCCUUUCAGAAAGGAAAUUGAUGAGUUGUGUAAUCAACAAAAACGAAAAGAGUAGAUUUUCAAGUAUACCAACAUGAAUGAUUAAGUGGCUAUCGCACGCCGUUUAACCGACACACCUGCUGACCGCCCACGGGGAUCACAUAUAAUUAUACCGAAUCUACACGACACAAAUAAACUGAACUCCGCUUUUGUUUUGCAAAUGAUGAGGGAUCAAACAAGUCGUCGCGUAACUGUCGCUGGUUCACAUCAAUGGCAAAGUAAUGGUUUAGUUAGGGUACUUUGCAGUCGAAAGUAUUUCAGGCUGCUCUUGUUGUUUACCUUGAUUGUUUUCAUCGUUUUAAUUGCGUCUCAUCUCAAAGAGGGCGAAUCGUUUACGCGUGAGUUUCAUGGAAACAACUUUGUUGAACUUGGACAAGCGCAGUCGCUGAAGAUCACUGUGUCUAACGUCAGAAGAGAAAACAAGGUUAACCAAACCACGUCAAAGACGGAUGGCCAUCAGAACGCCAACUCGGAACGUACACAACAGUGCCUCAGCUGGUGUAAUAAAGCAAAUACAGGUGCUCCCUAUUUUCUAAGCGCUGUUUUACUCGUGCGAAUUUACUCUAGUGAUCUUGCCAAGCUCAGCACAAGAGAGUUAAUGCAGUGGCUUUAUUACUUGAAGUAUGCUGGCUUUGAGCACGUUUACGUGUACGACGCUUAUGUUUUAAAGAAUGAAUCGCAAAAGAAUGCCCUUGACUUCCUCAUAAAGGAGGGCUUCGUAACCUACGUUGACUGGAGUCACAACGCGUAUCCCUACUCGGUAACUGGCACUCAGGAAAGCGCGUAUCAACAUUGCUUGGACAAUUGGGGCAAUCAAUCCAAAUGGCAAGCUAGCAUUGAUAUCGACGAAUAUCCAUUUUGUCCUCAAGAUACCAAACCUAAUUUUAUGCAACGUUUUAUCACUAACUUUUCGAGACAACGACCUGAUGUCUCGCAGAUUACUAUGCAGAAUUUCCUCUUUCUCGGUAAACCACUAAGUGAUAAGGAACAUCCGCUACUUAUUGACCGACUCAAGCGGAGAACACCCAGACCUUCAAACGCCUUAGUUAAACCCAUCUACAAGACAAUGCAGGUAACAGAAACACACGUUCAUCACCACGACCUCAGAAGUGGAAAAUCAGUGGACGCUGAUAGAACUCAGAUAAGGCUUAAUCAUUACUGGGGAGCAAGACUUCAAAACUGGGGUGAAGACACGCCAGAAAUUUUGAACAAGACAACGGAAGAUAAUACGAUAAAAGAAAUUGUAGAAACCCUCCUUAGCUGCGAUCGCAUUUGCUUGCCAAAUGAAUCCUUAAUUUAUACGUUUCGCUGGAAUUAAGCGGCGUUUUUCGCGUUUUAAAAUAGCGUUUCUUAUCACAUUAUAAUGUGGAACUUGAAAGAACUUUGUUCAGCCAUCACAUUUGCGCCAAAUGAUGGCUUGUUUUAAAUUUUUGUUUUUCGUGUUUUCAGACAAAUCAAAGAGAAAUUUUAACCUCAAGACAUCAAUAAAACCGUAUAAAAUAUUCAAAGGUUAUUAAUUAACUGUUGAAAACGAGCUAAAAAAGAAAUCUCCACGUGUCGCCACUUUAAAAGUAUAAUUAAAACACAAGAAAAUGUCAACAUUUAUAAAGUAUUAAUGAGUUGCAACUUUGAAAAUUUGCGUCGCGGAAAGUAUCAGCCGAAGAGCCCCAGUUCUUGCGUUUUGGUAUUUAGAACUGAAAACUUAUGGAACAACGCCGAGGAAAAUGGAAAAUAAUUCGGUAUCUCAGUUCUACAUAUCGGGUGAUAAGUGUGGGGAACAAGGCAGUUCAAUUGCGGUAUUUCCGUUGUCUCUUUAAGUCACCCAAAAGAUAAAUAGAUGUUGGCUGCGAUUGGUCAGAGGUGUACGUGGAACGAAUAUCUAGCAGGCGAUGCUCCUGGAGAAUAUAAAUCAAACAAGCCAGAUAUUCCAGCACCAGACAAUAUCCGAACUGAAUGGUUCUUGAACAACCUUACCAACAGUCCAUUUACAUGAACUGAGAAAUGCUUUUUGAUGCCGAUGUUUCAAUUGUCAAAUUUCAAACUGCGUGACUUUAAGAGGAACGACUUUGCAAUCGCCGAAUUUUAGAAUUUCAGACCGAGUUAACUGCUUGUAGGCUUGUUGAAACUCUUAUAAUUGCGUUUUUGCGCCAAAAAUUAAAGUCGUAAGUAGACUAAAACAAACUUAUGUUUUCUAUGGUUACCGAAAGUCAGCUUUGUCUUCCCCUGUUUUGGUACACUGCCUCACCACCGGAGUUGGCUGUCGUUAACAGCUUUGUUCUUUUAUAACCAUUGUCGCUUUAGGUAUAUAAAUUUCACAAAUGGGUUCUUCAGAGCAAUGUUAACUAAAUUUACAAGUAUCACUUACGUGCUAUGCAAUUGCUGCAAUCUGAUUGGCUGAACUAUCGUAUCGCACGUCACCCAUCAGACUAACCUGCCAUCAAGCGGGUUUUUUUUUUUGGCGGGAAAAAGAAGUUAUUUCUUCCCCUUUCCCCGCUCACCGACAAAAAAAAACGCCCGAUCGCAGGUUGCAAUCAGACGUUUUUAUGACGGCGACGUCUUCUCGAGUUUGUCCGAAGUUUCUUAGAAAGAACAACACUAAUGGAAAUGUUACCUAAAAAAAGUGAAUAAGAAUGUUGUAGCAAAUUUUAAGAAUUAAAGAACGUCAAAGUUUCCUACA